AUGAAUCAAACAGAGGAGAUGCAAAAUGAUGAGUCAGAAAUUAUAGUGAAGACUGCAAAGGAAGUCUGUGCAGAGGGUUUGGUUGUAAGAGGAGGGGGAAAUGACGGCAUCUUUAUCAAGGAAUUAAAACCAGAGACGCCUGCCUCAAAGCAUCUAAGUGUGAAUGAAGGUGACCAGAUACUUAGUGCUACAGUAUACUUUGAUAAUGUGUCUUAUGAAGAUGCCCUCCAGAUUCUUGAGCAUGCACAACCAUAUAAAGUGGAGUUCUGUCUAAAACGCAAACCUGUUCCAACAAGAAUACAAGAAGAUGAUGAGUCAAUGAAGCCAGAUGUAACCAUUGGUGAGGAGGCUGAAGGAGAGGAAAGUAGUGAACCAGAGAUGAGAGACCGAAGAAAGACAAAAAAGCAACAGGAUCGCAUCUCAUGGCCAAAAUGUCCUUCCUUUAGCAAGGGUCGGAGGGCGAAUUUUAAGAGAUCUCACAGCACAUCAGAAGCAGAAGAACGGAGGAAAUUAGAGAUAAGUCCACUGACAAGUGACACAGAGUCACCAAUUAAGUCUCCAUUAAAGUCUCCAGAUGGAAAGGAAAAGAAAAAGAUGCACAAAAUGAAGCUUAAGAUGAGGAUGACAGGUCGCAGGAGCAAGUCCGUAGAAGAGACCCCAGAAAAUGGAGAGGAGCUAUCGACAGACAAUAUGGAGGUCUUGGAAAACCAAACGUUUGUGAAUAUUGCUGAAGAACACAGCUUUCAGGAGCCAGUGAUUAAUUUGGUAGAGAGCCCAAAACUGUUGGAGGAAGCUGAUAAUACAGAGCCUUCUAAAACAAGAAAUGAAUAUACAUGCCCAACUUUGCCAGUGACUGAAUCAUUGCAUAAGUUUGAGCUUAUUAGCUUGGACAAUACAUUAAAGACUACUGAUAUUACAGUUGCUCUUGGGGAGGAUAGCAAAGAAAGGAGAGAAAGAUCGGAGUUAAAGUUUAGCAUUCAAGGAAAGGAUCAAUCUGAAUUAGGAACAGAGAGCCAAUUAAAGUCUGUCUCAAGUGGAAUGAGAACUUCAGAUCCAUCGACAUCCAGCCCCAACUUAAUUUUACAAAGAGAGGAAGUGGGACACCAAGUUGAUUCUGAUAGCAAGCUGAUAUAUCAAGAGAUUUUAGAGAAGACCCAAGGGCAAGAAGACAUUGACAUGAGCAUACCUAAAGCUGAUGUUUCUCUGGACAUAUCAGAUGUAGAACUGAUGCAAAAAUCACCAAGGAUUGGCAGUGACAAGGAAAAGAAAGAAAGGAACGUUCUUGAAACAGAAAGUUAUGGGAUUCGAACCAGAGGUCCGCUGGCAGACAUAGCGGCAUCAAAGAGUCCUUUUACAAAAACAGUAAAUAAUCUAGAGUUUAUGUCUUCAGACUCUUUCACUUUUGAGAUUAAAACAAUGCAGGAUGUGUCCUCAACUGUCAUGGGCACAAAGAAAUCAAGCACUCUAACACCUGUUUUAUUCCAGCCAAAGCCAAAUGCUCUGGAUGAGGAUAAAAGUAGGAAGAGUCCUGGUAGUAGCGUUCAAGUUAUCAAAUCUUCUGAGUUAACAGAAAAAUCAAAUAUUGAUUUAAUUCUAACUGAUCUUGGUAAAAGACCAGAGUCAAAGUUUAAACUGCCUAAGGUGGAUAUAUCUGAAUUUGACUACCAUGAGUCAAUAAUCAUAAGACAGAAAGACCCAACCAAAGCUCCUCUCCUGAAACGAGAGGAAAUUGAGAUUCCUGGGAUGGAGGACAAAGGAUCAAAAGCCAACUUACAGUCACCUAGAAUGAAAGAACCAAAAAUUGAGAAGAUAAUACAAAUCUCAAAAGUUCAGGGGGAAGUUCAAGAGUUUAAUGUUGAGGAUGUAAAGGAAGCAGUAUCAAAAUUCCCAGCAUUUAAAUUACCCGAGAGAGACAUCACAGGGGUCCUUGUACAGAGAGAAAUCAAAAUAAAGGAAAUGAAGGCAGACCAGACUGGCAUGACACCUAAAGGAUCCCCUAGUAAAAUUUCAAGCUUGAGCACAGAAAUAAGCAGUAAGCUGACUGAAAACACAAUGGAUAAAGAAAAAUGGACAACUCCUACUUUUGUUACAAAAGAUGAAGCCUUCAAAUUACCAAACAUUGAACAAUUGCAUCUUCAUGAGGAAACACGUAUAACUGAGAAAAAAAUAGACAAAUCAAUAGCAAAAUUUGAAGCCCAACAAUCCAAAACAGGCCAAAUGUUGGCAAGGGAUGAUAAGAUUAGUACUUCCCCAGAUGUAAAAUUCAAACUUCCAAAACGUGAAGACAUUGAAAUACCAGGAAUGGAAGCCAUUGAGCAAUUAGUUCAGGUGCAAAAAAUAAAAGUAGCCAAAGACACUCAAGUUGAUGCUAUAAAAGACUAUACUGAUGCAUACAUAAUUGAAAGAUCAAAUAUCAAAGUGGUCAAAAAAGGACAUGAGAAGAAAUCAAAGAAAGCAAAGGAAUCUAUGCCAAGUUUUGGAAUCAUGAAACCUGACAUUCGCUUCCCAGAUAUUGGGAUUGAGUUACCAGAAAAGGCCACCUCAUCGAAAAGUGAUGAAGUGAAGGAAAUGAAAGCUGAAGCAAAAAUGUCUCUUGAUGAAACAAAAACAAUCAAACAAUCUGCUGAAGAGACAACAUUUAAAAAGUCUCAAGAAGGAGAUGUAAAGGGUGAUCAAAUGCUUCAUCAUGGCAAAAGCGCAGUUAUGACAACCCCAAAACAAGAGGUAACUCAACAAAUGUCAUCUACUAAUGAAGGAGAACCGAAAGCUACUGCAUAUGAGCCAUCUUUGGCAAAGGCUGAAAUAAAAAACAAAGACACAAACACUGGUGUCUCUCCACAUAAAAUGAAACUGCCAAAAUUCAAAAUGCCAAAAAUCGGAGGGAAAUCAAUAAAAGAAUCAACUGAAACAACUAUAAAAGAUGAUGUUACAAUGCAAAGAAAUGACACAAUAGAGGUUGAAUUAGAUUCUGAGAAGAGAACAUCUGAAACUGAUACCAAAGCACAAAGUUUUGAAAUACAUUAUAGUAAAAUAAAAAUGCCUAGUUUAGAUAUUUCUCUUCCAAAAGUAAAAAUCCCAAAGUCAGAGGGAAAAACAAGGCAGGAGGAAACUGGACUCUCAAAGCCUGAAAUUGAUGCAGGUGUUGAAUUUAACAAGGACCAUAUCCCUAGUGAGACACCAGGGCCCACUAAAGAAAGGGCUGGUAAAGUUGACAUAAAGGUAAAGGCUGUAGAAGAUGAAGAAGCACAAGAGGAGAGUGGAUGUAGAAUGAUCAAGAUUGGUAUCUCAUUGCCAAAAGAGAAGACAGAACAAUGUGGUCUUCUACCAGAUGAAACAAUCUUAUCUGAAGGAAAUACCAUAAAGGUUGAUGGAAAAACUGAGGUUGAGUCAUCUGAACUGCCACAAACAGAAAUCAAAGAAACUGAGUCUAAAAUGAAGAAGAGGAAAAUAUCGUUUCCCAAAUUUGGAUUCUCUAAAUCUGAAAAAUCUAAUGCUGACAUAUCUCUUUCAACAGUGCACAGCUCUUUUCAAGAGGGAGGUGCUGAAGUAACAGAACAAUAUGUUCAAAGUAAGACCACUGAGGCAGAGGAUUCUCCAACAAUUAAACUUCCAAAAUGUGUUGUCUCCUUUCCAAAGGCAACCGAUGCUGGGACUGAUAUUCAACUGCCUGGUGUCAGCACGGAGGUAGCUACUAUGGAUGUUAAAUUUCCAGAGGCCAAGCUAUCAGGAGAACUUAAAGCACCACCUGACAUAAAUGUCUCAGAGAAUAUUCUCAGUGUAUCCAAGCCUGAUGAUGAAAUGUCUAUAUCUGAGGGAAAAUUUGAAAUCACCGAUACUAACAUUCCAAAAGUAGAUGAAGUUAGUAUCAAACCAUCUCCAGAACUUUCAUUUUCUAAAUCAGAGGUUCAGGCUAGUCUGACGGAAGGCAAUGUGGAAAUAAAAGCGCCAAAUGCAGCAUUCAUCAUUUCUAAGGGUGAUGCUGAACAAAAGGAUCAAACAAUUGGUAGUGCACCAGUAAAGUUUAAACUCCCCUCUAUCAACUUGCCAAAGUUUGGAGGUAAAGCAUCCAAGGUAGCGAAAGAUAUGCCAACUGUGGAUAUAGAUGCUGAAGAACCUGAUGUGAGACUUCCAGAAGAACAAAUAAGUAUGAAACUAAAAGACGAUGCGCCAUCAGGUGAUAUCAAUGAAUCUUAUAUGACCACAGAAGGUGUUAGUGUAGAUUUAAAGGUUGAAGACGCAAAGCCCAAAGGACAAGAAAAUAUGGUUAAGCAGCAGAAAUUUGGAAUUAGCCUUUCAGAAGUAAAAGCUCCAGACACUGAUUUUAGUACGUCAAAGAAAGAUGAAUUAACUGUAGACACGAAAGAGUCAAAUGAUGAGGCUGCCCAGACUGAAAAUGUUUCAAGAGGAUCUCCAACAAAAUUUAAACUUCCCACAAUAAAAUUUCCUAAAUUUGGAGUCUCAUUUCAAAAGGCAACAGGCUCUGACCUUGACAAACAAAUGCCUGGAGUGACCAAAGAUGAACCUUCCAUGGAAAUUAAAUUGCCAGAGGCUGAAAUGUCUGGGGAAUUACCAUCAUUACCUGAAAUGAAAAGUUUAUCCAAACCUGAAGCUGAUGUCUCUACACCAGAGUCAGAAAUGAUAGAGGAUGCUCAUUGUGAACAGAAAAAAGACAAUGAUUUCUCUCCGCGGCUUGCAUUUUCUAAAUCAGAUGUUAAGAUAAGCCUUGCAGACCAUGGUCUUGAUGAAAAGCCAGCUAAAGAAGAUUCAAUAUCAGGUAUGGAUCUGCAGGCCAAGAAACUUGACACUGAAGUCAAACUUCCUUCAGUUAAAUUAGAGGCAGUAAUUUCAGAGGCUAAAGAAAAAGAGAGUGAUAUUACAUUUAAAAAACAGAAAAUAUCAUUUCCAAAAUUUGGAUUUUCCAAAUCUGAUUCUAGGAUCACUGAUGCUGACCCCAGUCUCCAAAAAGAAGGAAUAUCUGUUCCACACACUGAGAUCAAAGAGACUGAAGUAAAAAUUCCUGCUCCAGAUGUUGCAGUCGAGGAUAAAAAUAAAAUUACUACUGGUUCUCCAUCUAAAUUCAAGCUUCCAACAAUUUCUCUCCAUAAAUUUGAAAAGACUAUGGAGGAAUCUACUGCAAAAGCAGAUGAUGUAACACAGUCAGAAAUAAAAGAAGAAUCAGAAAAUGCAUCAAAAAAUGAAACCAAACUUGAUAACUCAGAACAAACAGCGACUCAAGGUACAGAACCAUUAAAACUACAUUUUGAAAGUCAGCCAGUGGAUGCUGAAAUAAAGACCAAAGACAUUGAUACUGAAAGUCAAGGGAGUAGAUUUAUGAUGCCUAAAUUUGAAUUUUCAUUUACAAAGCUAAAGGGGCCAGAAAGUAACAAAGGUGCAUCAAAAAGGGAGGAUAAUGUAGACAAAAUGGAGGAUACACCAACACAUGACAUGAAAAUGGAAAGUCUGUCCAUUGAGGGAAAAGAAGACAUACCUGGGGAUGCAAAGGAAACUGGGAUAAAGUUGAAGGAUCCAAAAGUGCUGAGCUCAGAGCAUGGACUUUCUAAACAAGACAUUAAAUCUCCAGAGGUUAACACUGAUAUAUGUGAUAUAUCUAUAACAGCGACAGCAGAUGUGAAACAACCAGAAUCUGACAUAAAAAUUCAAACAACAGAGAUGUUAAAAGAUCAUAAAUCCAAAGGAGGUUCACCAAUCAAAUUCAAACUUCCCACUUUCAAACUACCCAAAUUUGGAAGUUCUGCUUCAAAAACAAAACCUGAAAUUACAGAAUUGAGUGGUGAUGUGCUUCCUUUGGAGGCCCCAGUGAUUGAUGUAGAUAUAGCUGUCAAAGGAACUCAAGUAAGUGGUCCAGAAACACAAACAAAAAUUAUGAAUGAAGCCCUAUCUGCAGAAAUGAAGGGACCUCAUCUGGCCACAGAGGGUCAAUCUGCUAAUGUGGACUUAAAGGUUGAAGAUGCAGAACUUGAAGGACAAGGGUGUAAGGUUAAGGUGCCAAAGUUUGGCAUUGACAUUUAUCAAGUAGAAGGGUCUGAUUUAAGUACAUUAAAGGCAGGGGACACAGCUGCUGAAGCACAGGAAACUGAUAUCAAAGAACUAAAGAUGACAACUGAGGGGAAAGCACACACAUCAGAACACGAUUCUAAAGGCCCAGAUGUGAUUAUGGCAUUACCCCAAUUAGUUUUUUCAAAACCAGAAGUAAAAACAUCUGAGGUUAAUGUAAAUGUUCAGAAAAUGGAUGUCCCAGUACCAGAAGGCAGCAUGGACAUAGAAGAUGCAAAUGUAGAUAUCAAAGUGUCAACAGUGGAGUCAGACCAAAAGGAUUCAACAUUUUUUGGCUCUCCAACAAAGUUUACAUUUCCAUCGAUCAACUUCUCAAAAUUUGGAGUUAAAUCACAAAAAACAGCAUUAGACAUUAAUAUUAAAGAAUCAGAACCUGAGGCCACAAACACAAAAUGUUCUCAACCUGAAGUAAAGUUAGAAGUACAGCGACCCAAGCAUACAGUUCAAGAUUAUGAAACUGAGAGGAGUGCAGAAAUACCUGAGGUUGAUUCCAAAGGAAAAGGAAAAGUUAAGAGACAAAGCUUUUCAUUUCCCAAGUUUGGGUUUUCUAAACCGGACACAACGACUCCACAACUUGAUGACAAGAUUGAUGUAUCUAAACCUGAAGGCACCGUGCAUGUAACAGAACAAACAGCAGAAAUUACACUUCCAGGGGUAGUGGUAGAGGCUGAACAGAAAGAUCCAACAAUUGUUGUGUCCCCAACUAAAUUUAAACUACCAGCAUUUAACCUGCCUAAAUUUGGAGUCAAAACCACAAAAGGCACUGUAAAUUUACCAUCAGCAGCAGGAGAUAUCAAAGGAAAAGAAAUUAGUGUUUAUGAAGGAGACAUCGAAGAUUCAGGACAAAUACCAAAAAUUGAUACAGAAGAAAUAAAAACAGAGUCUGAUAUGAGUCCUACAAAAAGAGAAACUGAUAUUAAUCUAGCAGAGGGGAAGUUAAUACAACUCCCACUUGAUGUUGACGGAUCUAUUGAGGGAAAAGCAGACAUACCUGUGGUUGACACGAAAGGACUGGAUGUGAAACUGAAGAAACCAAGCUUUUCACUUCCAAAAUUUGUUUUUCCAAAGCCAGAUAUUAUGGACCAAGAAACUGAUGCCAGCCAACCAAAGACUGAUAUGUCUAUCAUAGAGGGAAACAUAGCUUUUGAAGAACAAGAUGCAGAAAUUACUUUCCCAGAUGAAGUGAACAAACAAGAUGAUCCAACAACUGUUUCUCUGACAAAAUUUAAACUCCCCUCAAUCAACCUUCCAAAAUUUGGAAUUAAAUAUCCAAAGGCCACAUCUGAUAUUCCAACAGUAGAUGCAGACAUCGAAGAACCUGAAAUGGUUUUUCCUGAAUCAGGAGAGGUACAAACAAAUAUAGACAUUAAGGGUCCCUCUGCUGAUGUGGACAUUAUGGACAAAGGGACUGAAAUUGAUGGGCUGGGAAGCAAGUUCAAGCUGCCAAAAUUUGGAAUUGGCAUGCCAAAGCUAAAGGAGAUAGAGGUGGAGGGUAAAGAAACAAAAGCAGAGACUGGGCCACUAUCUGAAGAACAGGUAAAUGUACAAAAGCCUGAUGUUGCAAUUAAAGAUGUUACAUUUGAGAUGAAAGCAGAUAUAGCUGACAUUGAUUCCAAAGGGCUGAACGUGAAACUUCCAAAAUUGGGAUUGUCAAAACCAGAUCUAAAAUCUCCUGAAGUUGAUGUGAGCCUGCCCAAAACUGAUUUGGAGAUAUCAAUGGGAAUUGCUGAGGUUUCAGAACAAUCUGCAUAUAUUAAAUCUCCAGAAAAAGAAAUCGUUGGCUCUCCAACAAGAUUUAAACUUCCAACAAUCAAUUUCCCAAAAUUUGGAAUGAAAGCAUCAAAGGGCACAGUGGAUAUACCAACAGCAAAUGUGGAUAUCAAAGGGCCUGAAUUUAGUCUUUGUGAUGAGAACAUUAAAAAUUCAUCAGAAGUAUCAUGUGUUGACAUAAAAGGGCUAACAGCAAAUGUUGAGGAUGCUUCUAUUGAGGUGAACAUAAAGGGGGAAGGAAUCGAUAUAGAGCAACAAGAUGGCAAAUUUAAGAUUCCAAAAUUUGGAAUUGCACUUCCUAAAAUAAAAGGUCCAGACAGCGACCAGGGGCCUGAGGAAACUCAGAGUGAAAUACCAGGGGUUGUACUAUGUAUAGAGAGUAAAGAGCUAAAUCUAACCAAAGAGUUGGUGGAAGUAGAUAUGGAGGCUAAAGAUACUGAACUUGAAGUAGAAGAAAGUAAAUUCAAACUACCAAAAAUUUCUCUACAAAACUUGAAAGGUCCUGAAAUUGACAUUAAUGUUUCAAAGGCAGAAGAUUCUCAGACUGAAGCCAAAGAAUCUAAGCCUUCAAAAACAGACAAUGUUGAUGCUGAUUUAACCGAUAUGAGUUCUAAGGGAAUUGCUGUAAAAAUGAAGAAGCAAAGCCUUGCAUUUACAAAAAUUGGAUUUUCAAAAUCAGAUGGCAAGACACAAGAUAUACAAGCCACUGAAACACCAGCAGAUGUUUCCUUGCCAGAGGGCUCUACAGAAAUAAAAGUAAGCGAGAAAGAUAUUAAAACACCAGAGGGCGAAAUUGAAAUAACAAGUCCACAAUUUGGUUCACCAACAAGAUUUAAACUCCCAACAAUAAAAUUACCCAAAUUUGGAGUUUCCACUUCAAAGGCCAUUGACAAAGAACCAAAGGAUGAUGCUGCUGACAUCAAGGAAACUAAAGUUAGUUCAGUGGAUAAUAAGGGAGAGACAUCAAAGUUGGAUCCAUUAGAUGUUGCAGAGGUGGAGGCCACUUCCAUUGACACCAAUAUUAAAGCUAAAGGAAUUCAUCAAGAAGGACAGGAAAAUAAAUUUAAACUUCCAAAGUUUGGGAUUUCAUUACCCAAAGUAAAAGGCCCUGAGCUAGGAGUUGCUGCAAAGGAGGUGAAAAAAGGAGCACCUGAAAUUGGUAUCACAGAACCAGAAAUGAAGACCCCAGCCGAAGUAUGUCUCCCAACAAUAGACAUAGCUUCACAAGAGGGAAGUGCCAGCAUUCAGAAAACAGAGGUAGAAACAGAGCAUAAAGACAAUACAAUUGUUACAGGCUCUCCAAGUAAAUUCAAAUUACCUGCUUUUAAAAUGCCAAAAUUUGGAAUUUCAGCUCAAAAGACAUCUGACAUAAAAGCAGAAGUGGCAGGGGUUGAUGAAUCAGACACUAACACUGACCUUAGUAUUGGAGACAAGGCCAUGCAAGGACAAGGUUCUAAAGCAAUAAGCAGAGAGAGUGAAAUUAAAGAAACCACUGAAAAGAAUCCAGAGGCUGCUGUUAAAAAAGUGGAUAUGGACAAAGGCUCACCGAGUAAAUUUAAACUUCCUUCCAUAAAAAUGCCAAAAAGGAGCAUGUCAAGAACAAAAUCUCAAGAUGGAGAAGAUGACACAACCAUAAAGACCAGCGCUCCAGAUGCUAAAACAGAACCCAAAGAUGAUUUGCAAGAGCCUGAAAAAUCCCCCAAAUUUACAAUGCCUUCCCUUGGGGAUGUUAUCAGGGGCUUUGAGGUAGAAUUUAAUGUUCCAACAUUAGAAGAAAUGGAAGCACAAAAGGACAAGCCAUCUGUUAAGCAUGAUCAUGAGUCUGGAGUCAAAGUUGAGGCAUCAGCAGAACAUAGGGACAAAGGAACUCCAGAAAAAUCUAAGUUUAAAUUUAAAUUUCCAAAAUUAGGAUUCAGCCAGUCCUCAGAUGAAAGUGAUAAGUUAGUGGAUGCUAAGGUUGAAGAAACAGAUAAGAAUAUGAAAGCUUCGACAGAUCAGAAAACAGAGGUUAACAAAGAGCAAGAAAAAACUGAGAAGGGAAGUUGGUUCAGUUUUUCCAAAUUUUCUCCAACCAAAACUGCAAAGACCAAUGAGAAAGAAGUAAUUCAACCACCUAAGGAGGCUGAGAAAAUUGAAAUUAAUGACAAUGUAGAGAAAGAAUCCCGCAAAGUGAAUGAGGAACCUGAGAAGAGCCCCCUGAGUGAGAUUGUUGAGGAGAAUAUCAGCCCAACAUUGUCACUGAGGUCAUCUGAAGCCUUUGCUGAUAUAAGUUCCACACAAACCACUGAGCAGGUUGACCUGUCACAGACCUCGCCUACGAAAGUAAAAGUAAAAUAUGCUGAACCUACUCCCACGGUUGGGGUCAAUGAUGUAAAUAAGGAGGUUGUGUCUUCCACAGGCAGAUGUGAACUGAUAUCUAUGGAGCCUCACCAGCCAGAGAGAGUGAAUAUCCCAUUUUCAUCAGAUAAGUCCUCACCUUCAGUGGACACACUUAAACAGAUGUCAGGGGAAAUUCAUGUCAUCACAUCGAACAUACAAGCUAUACCAGACACACAGCAAGCUGCAAUCCUUUCUAAUUUAGAUGUUCAUGGAAUUCACACCUCACCUUUACAUGUAACACUCGGAUCAGACUCAGUGUUGACAGUGGAGGAAACCAGAGUGCAAAGUGGGGAGCACACUUUAGUGGAAAGGCAUGUUGUGAAAGAGACGAUAAGUGAAGAAACUGUACUUGUUACCCAGAGAACACGUGUAUUUGAAGGAGACUCUGUAGAACCCAUUUCUAAUGAAACAGCUUCCUCUAUUCAUAAGCUGCGAGAUGCAGUGCACACUGAGAAAAUGAAGUUUUUUGACAGUGUAGAGACAGCUGAAGAGGUCAGUUUAAAGAGCGCAGAAAUAUCUAUAAGACAUAUGGAUUCCUUUACUGAUGACAAUGAGGGGAAAUGAACACUAUAGGGCUGAGUUGUAAAUAGAAUCAGCUGAUUUUAUGCUUUUGAAUGUACUGUAUGUUUCAGUGUUCUUAUAUAUAUAUAACCAUAUAAGCCAGCUGGAUUGUAAUGCUAAAAUGCAAAGCUAGGCCAGCGCUGACACUUAUUUAUUAACAUAUCACACAGAGUGUUGUUUAGAUAAUGGAGAUUUUACGCAUAAAUUAUUAAAAAAAGUAUAUCCACUGGAAAAAUUAUAUAUAUAAAUAAGCAAGGAAAAAUAGGAAGAAAUAUUACAUUAUAAUUUCACUCUUAAAAAUAAAGGUUCUAGAUCAGCAUGUAUGGUCCUGCAAAGAAACUUUAACAUCCAUGGAACAUUCCCAUUGCACAAAAUGUUCUUUGUAGAGGAAAAAGGUUAUUUAGACUAUAAAAAGGUUCUUCAAAAUUGUUCUUUUAAAUACUUGUCACUGAAAGUUUCUUUGGGGAUCCAAAAAUGGUACUUCUAUUGCAUGGUUGAUAAAACCUUUUUGGAACCUUUAUUUUUAAGAGUGUUGAUUGUGUGGGUUGUCAGUGUGCUAUAGAAUAAAACUACUAUCGUGGGAAUAUUAUUUACAGUGCGAACUCAAGCAAAUAUUCAAGCAAACACUGUUUAAAUAGAUGUAUUCACGAAAAUUUAAAAGUUGGUGUGGCUUUGAAAGUAUCACAUAUUGAGGCAUUUAUUUCUUUGAGCUUAUCUAUUUUGACAAAAUAUGUAAUUGCAUAUAAAUGUGUUUCUGCGGCCUUAGAAAAAAAAUUCAAAUGCAAAUAAUUAUGUAAAUAUAUUUUAUUCAGUUGAAUGUCAUUGUUAGCUUAUAAUAAAGCAUUUACACCUGAUAAAAUGUAUGGAUUUUCAGAAAAAUGUAUGUAGAAAAUGCAUAUUUUAAGUUUCUUAAUAAGCAAUGACUGAUCUUUUAACAUAUAGUCAAAUUAAUCAAAUGAAUGUUGUGAGAAGAACACUUCAACUGGCCACUGCAAACUGAAUAACACAUUAAAAUAUGCUUGCACAUAAAAAGUAAAACAAUAUGUUCAGUAGCAUUU